AUGGUGCAGAAGCAGCCGCUGGGGCUCGACUCGAAUCGCAGCCUUCCUGCGGAAAAGCUUCAGGUGGUUGAAAAGGUUCUGGAGCCUUUCAUGGCUGAUUUACUAGACGUCUAUUUUGAGAAAGUCAACUCAUCCUUUCCUCUUCUAGAUGAGACGUCUUUCCGCAGGCAAUACAGUAUAAACAAGGAUGGGAUAUCUCCUGCACUUCUGGCAAGCUUAUAUGCGCACUCAAUGACAUUCUGGGGCAGCUCUCCCAGUCUCUCUCGCCAAAGACGCCCGGAUGGGCGCUUCAUCUGGAACCUUGCCACAGAAGCUACGUACUCGCAGCUGUAUCGGUCUCCAGGAAUGUCAAUAAUCGAGGCGAUUCUAUUGAAUGUAGGUGGACGGCCAACGACCUCUCUCAUUGGUAAUGGUGUGCUGCUUGGGUCUGCCAUAGCCAUGGCUCAUUCACUUGGGUUGAAUCACAAUCCAAUGCCUUGGGAGAUACCACAGUCUGAGAAGAAUCUUCGGAUGAGAAUUUGGUGGGCUUUACUAGUCCACGAUAAAUGGACAAGUCUCUCCCACGGGACACCCCCACACAUCUCCAAGACGCAAUACGACGUGCCUUCACCUACGAUAGAGAAUCUCUGCGAAAAAGGUUCUUCGGCAGAGAAAGUAUCAAAAGCCUCCAUCUAUGUAGCUCUCGUUGGAUUGACCGACGUCUUGGAUCUGCACUUGAAUCACAUCUACCAGCUGAGGAAGUCGGAUGAACUCGGAGAUGUCACCCAUCUGGAGCUCGCUCUCAACAACUGGAUUGACUCCAUGGGCGACAGAGUUCGUCGGAUCAUUAUUCGUGGGACAAACCUCGACAUUCCAGGGGCACCGAAUCUGCGCUUGGCUUAUCUCACCGUCCGGCUUCUCCUCCAACGGAUCGAGCUCGAGGCCGAGAAGCGCAUCUCCAACGCUGGAGAUGGUCGUUUACUGAACUGCUAUAUGGAAGCCCGAAGGACCUCGGAGGAGAUGCUCAUCUUGACUCAAGAGUUGCAACCUGAGCAUCUUGCUGAUUUCUGGCUACCCAGCAGUGCCUUUUCGUUCCCAGCCGCCGUGAGCUUUCUCCUGCGGUGUGCCCUCGAGACGGAGAAUUCCCCUUCUGGUCUUUCACAAAGCAAUUCAUUAAAAAUCGCCUCUGAUCUCCUCGCAGCUCUUCGAUCUCACAAGGAGAAGCACGCAUGGGAUCUCGGCGAUAUCUGCCUCGCGCAGCAUACCGAGGUUGUGGACAAGCUUCUGGCCAUGGUGCCUCCUGAGGACCCUGGGCCAGACGGGGCUUCAGAUUUCUCGGAAUUCGCUAUGCUCGAUCCUUCUUUUAUCGAUCAGUUUCUUCCGAGUCUAUGGGAUCCUCUGCAGAAUGCGUGGUAG